AUGAAAGUUGAUAUUGGAAAAUCUUCCGUUGACACCCCGAAAGCCAGACGCAUCCUGCACCAAGCCAGCUUAGACCUUACUCGUGAACGCAUCGCACGCACCCGACACCAACUCCGCGAUCUCAACUCAAGCAUCGCUUCUACUCAAACCCAACUUAGCCGACGACUCAAGCCAGAAGACCUAGACAAAGUUCAGGCAUUCAACAACUACACAUCUCGCAAAGCCUUCCAGUCCACCAAACUGAAGCAAAUCAACAAGUUCGACCGACUCCACUCCCGCAAGCCUACACAAGCCAACCAACAACCUUCUACCGAAGCAACCAAGGACACCGUAAUCAACCUUAGCCGACACCAACUUACCCAAGCCGAACACAAAGUACUCUCCCUCGGACUCAACUUCGCCGUAGCUCCUAAGAAGAUCCCUUUCUCCGACAUAGUACAGCAAGUCGAACCCAAGCUCCGGUUUCUCUCCAAAGCGGCCGCCAACGAAAUUAGAUUCAAAGUGACCAAUGCCCUCUCCGACGCCAAGCCACCUAAACCAAACCUCUCGAAAGAAGAACACUCUGCCAUCCAGGACCUCCGACGUAACCAAGCCAUCCACAUCCUUCAGGCUGACAAGGGCAACGCCACCGUUGUUAUGGACCAAGACGUAUACGAUGACAAGAUCGAAGACAUUCUCCAGGACAAGGACACCUACUCCAAACUCAACAGGGACCCAACUCCGACUAACGAAAGGAAAAUCAAUCAACAACUGCUGACCCUACACCGAUCCGACGCACUACCCAAGGCACUCUACUUCCAACUCAGAUCUUCUUCAGCCAAGUCACCAAUCCCAUUCGGACAACCCAAGAUACACAAGCCCAACACUCCUCUCCGUCCUAUCAUCUCCACCCGCGGAUCACCCUGCUACAACACAGCACGCCAUCUGGCCAACAUCCUUCAGCCACUCGUAGGCCAAACCCAGCACCAUGUUACCAACUCCAAGCACUUCAUUGACGUCGUCUCCAAGACCAAGAUCCGGCCCUCCAACACACUCGUCAGCUUUGAUGUCGUCUCCCUCUUCACCAGCGUACCUGUAGACAGUGGCCAACGCCUGAUCACCGACCCAGAUCUUGCAUCCAGAACCAAUCUCACACCAGACCAGAUCCAUGACCUCCUCCUCACCUGUCUCAACUCCAACUCCUUCAAAUGGCGCAACAACUACUACACACAACUACAAGGAGCAGCCAUGGGUUCACCUCUCUCACCAAUCGUCGCUAACAUCUUCAUGGAACAUUUCGAGCACCAAGCACUCAAGACUCCUUGA